GAAUUUUUUUAUUAGCUUCUGGCUCAAUGUUUCGACUGCUUCUUGCUUGGAUUUCAGAGUACGAUGGACUAGCUACCUGAAUCGAAAACCUCAAGCCGAUCCGUGGCCAUACUAGAAAGUUCUCCCACUCGAAACCCCUCCUGGUCCUCCUCCUCCCUCUUCUUGUUGUGAGGUUAAAGAAGACACCUUCUUCCCCCUGUUUUUUUUCGUUGCUUUAAUCUUGUGACCUGCCUUCCAAAAUACCCUUCCUUUACCCUAUUAUUACCCCUUAGCCUAUACUUUAACUUUGCUUUCUAGAUUACCCCUACCAAAUAAAUACUAAUCAUCUUUGUGUCCAUCCCAUACUUCGCUAUCUAGACCCUUACAGAUUCUGUUUAUUUACAAACCUCCCACGUCUUAUUAGGAACUUCCAAUUAUUUACAAGUUUGCCAUUCCUUUCUAGACUUCCACCUAUUUACAGAUUUUCCAUUUAAAUCUCAACUUGAAUUAUCUAUUAUUUUGUGGGCCCAUAAGUGAUCCGAUUCCGAUUUUGGAACCCGGAUCUGCAUCAAGAGUCCAACAACGCUGCAAACUGUUGCUUUUACUGCGUUCCUCUACUGCCCAAGAUCCAAGUACUUGUUCCAACCUUGUACAACCGUGUUUUGGCCAAGAAAGCACCAACAUUGGGUUUUCCAAGCUUUGAAGUCAAAAGUAGGCGAAAUGAACGAAAUGGUCAAAACUAUGUAAAGGCCAAGACUAAAAACUAUGUAAAGACCUAAAUAAUUAUACAAGAUAUGAGGAACAAACUAUGUAAAGACAAUGACUAGAACUGGAAAAAUCAACAAUCAAAUAUAUGCAAAAUUUUAGAAACAUCCAUAAAUAUAAUUUUUUUUAAAAGGAAGAAUAUGGUGCAUUUUGAUUUGACAACUGAUUUAGUUUUUUUUUUUUCCCCAUUGGACCUGAGGUUUUUGCCUCAUUGAUGUGGUAAAAUGGAAAAGUUUGCCUCUUGGGCUGCUGAAAAGAAUCUUGGUAGCUAGUAUUGAUUAUCGAGCUUUAAGAGAUGGCAUUUAGAGGACGUGGACGUGGACGUGGACGUGGGGGCUAUAGAGGAGGUGAACGUACUUAUGCAGUUCAAGAGCCUUACAUCCUUUUCCCAGAAGAUGUUGAACUUCCCGAUGUCAAUGGUGUGAUAGAGGAGAAGACCUUGGUCUAUUGGAAUAUGAGGUUGCUGAACUAUUGGAAAUCGUCCCCUUAUUAUAUUGAAGCGACAGCCCAUUCAAAAAGCCAAGAUGCAGACAUAGAACGGUAUUCUGACAAGGGCAAGCGUACUAAAACAAUGAUGCGUCCUCCUCUAUCACAGCAUUUAAAGCUUAGUUCUGCUUAUUUUCCGUUAGAACUUAUCCAAGGUAAAAGUCGAGUGCAGCAUGACCAUAGGAAAGUGCGAUGGAAUCCAGAAGCAGACUUACAGAAGUUAGAUAUCUUUGAGAAGCUAGAGCAAAAAUUCCAGGUUAAAGAUGAAAAGGGUGAGAAGGAAAAGAAUGAAGAUGAAAAUGAUGAUGAAGAUGAAGAACAGAUAGAAGAGGAAGAGGAAGAAUUCAGUGAUCCUGACGACUAUGAACAGAAUGUUGAUUUCGAUGAUGAUGAGGAUGAUUUCAACAUGGAUGACGGCAAUGAUAAUGAGGCAAUCUAUUAGCUGGAUGGCUGCCAGAGUUUUUUACUUGUACAGCUUGGACUUGGGCAAUUUUUGGGACUCUCUCAACAGAAAGUGAAGCAAGAAGGGAAAAAGUCUCAGUACCUGUGAUUAUAACCAGUUUUUGGUGUAAAUAACUUCCCAGUCAUUCAGAAUUUAAUCUAAUUGGUUAAGAAACUAGCUACCUAAAGCAUACAUCUAUCCAUCUUGGAACAAAGAGCAUUCUCUUAUCAGAGUAUUAAUCUUUUAGUAAAGGAGGUGUUCACUUAACAAUUUGAUGAUGUAACCAAUAGGCUCAAGGAGUUGGGAGUCGGCCUUGUAUCUGAAAAUUUUAAACACUACUCUGCAUCCGCCUUAUCCAUGUUCUGUUUAUGUUGUGAAAUAAUUAAUUUUGCAAGCUUCAUUAGACC